AUGCUCUCUGCCUCCAAACUCGCCCUCAGCCUCCUCAUCGCGAGCACCCUGGCUUCUGCAGCCGACAUCUGCGCCUUUACCUCGCGCGGGUGCUCGGGAAACUACAGUUGCUGUGCGGGCAUCCGCGAGGGCCUCGGGAAGAUGUACGGCGACCAGUGCCACACCCAGACGGGUGCGGCGGGCUCGUCUUCCGGGAGCGUCUGUCUCAGCGUGUUCAAUGGUCCUGGCUGGGUCGCCGCCAGAGCGGCUGCCUGGGAUGCCGACACGCGUUCUCGACGCCGCUCUGUCAAGUUCGGGGCCCGUGCGGACGACGACGACAGCGAGAUUCACCGCAUCCCUGAAGACACUAAGUUCGCCGAUGCCGAGAAGCUUUUGAACGACGGCCAGUUCGACGAGCUCUUCAAGUUCGAGAGUGUUGCGAUUGAGCAGUAG